CACACAAGAACUUUCGCAGUGGUUCAGCUCUUGCAGAGAUGUACAGCUUGACCUGACUUUAGAAGAAGACACGCUUUCCGUUUCAUAUUGGAAAUAGCUUGACUUGAGCUGGGGAUUUCUCUUAUAUCCAUCCAGCAUUACACAAAGUAGCACCGGAUUGCCAUCUGCUAGGACUUCAAUUUCUUUAUAGCUGUUUUGGUUCAAUCCCGUCUGCCAUUCUUUUCAGUUUCAACUCUUAACAUGGAAGAUAUCAAGAUGGAACAAUAUUACAUGACUUCUAUAACUAAAAUUCCUUUCCACAGCGAUAAGGAGUAUCAUGUGUUUCUGAGUUUCAGGGGAAAAGAUGUGAGAAAUACUCUGGUUCAUCAUCUCUAUGAAGCUCUCACUGCUGCGGGACUCGAUGUGUUCUUAGACAGCCACAAAUUGAAAAAGGGAGAAAUAAUUGAGUCGAGCUUGAAAAGAGCAGUGGAGAGCAGUGCCAUACGCAUUCCUAUAUUUUCUAGAGGCUAUGCAAGCUCUGCAUGGUGUCUCAGGGAGGCUGCCGACAUGUUGAGAAGCCGAGGGUUGAUCAUUCCUCUCUUUUAUGAUGUGGAUCCAACUCAUGUCAGAUAUAUUCUCAAGGAAUCCAGUCCGUACAAGGCUGCAUUUGAAAAGCAUUAUGGGCAUUCAGAUCGAUACGAAAGAGAAGAGAUUGAGGGAUGGAAGGAUGCCCUUCAUCAGAUCUGUUCUCGGUCAGGGUGGUCCAUGGAUUUAACUGGAGGCUCUGAAGUGCGGCUAAUAAAGACAGUAGUGAAUGACGUGAUCAAGACAUUCGACAGAGUGCACUUACAGGUUGCCAAGCACCCUGUGGGACUUGAAAUCGUGACCGACAAUCUCAUUCACAAAUUUAAACUCAAUUCAGAGGGAGGUGUGAUUAAAGGUGGAUUAUGGGGCAUUGGCGGUAUUGGCAAGACCACUCUUGCCAAGGCUCUCUAUAAUCAAGUUUCUGCUAAAUUUGACGCUGCGUCUUUUGUAUUUAAUGUCCGCGCUACUGCUGCUGCUGCAGAGGGAAGAGACUUGAUAAAAUUGCAGAUGCAAAUUCUCAAAGAUUUAAUCAGCUAUGAUGGAGAAGUGAACAGUGUUGAGGAGGGCAUAUCUUUGUUCAAGCAUCGUUUGGGAGGAAAACGUGUGCUUCUCAUUUUAGAUGACAUGGAUGGUAGGGAGCAAUCAGAGGCUUUGGUUGGGGAUUGGCUGGCCCCUCGUAGCAGACUUAUUAUUACAUCUAGAAACAAACACAUUCUCCAUCAUGCGGGGGUCUCAUCUGAAUUCAUCCACGAGAUGAGUGGAUUGCAAAUAAAUGAAAGUCUCCACCUAUUUUGUUGGCACGCCUUUCUAAGAGAACUUCCAACUCCCACUCACAAAGAUCUGUCAGAAAGAAUAGUGGAGGCUUGUCAGGGGCAUCCUCUUUCACUGGAAAUCAUUGGAUCGCUCUUGUAUGACAAGCAGAAUGACCCUAAUUGCUGGACAGAAGCCUUUAACAACAUUACUCUCCACCCAGGCAUUCAUGAAAGACUCGAAAUCAGUUACCAUGCCCUUACCAAAGAGGAAAAGGAGAUAUUUCUCGACAUCGUUUGCUUCUUCAUUGGAGAAAACAAAACGUAUCCCAUUGUUUUCUGGAGUUCUUUGUACAGAAGAGUACACACAGCUAUAAAUAAUCUCUCCCUGAAAUUACUGAUAAAGAUUGACAGCGAAAGUAGGUUUGAUAUGCAUGACCAUUUGCGAGAUAUGGGUCGAAGCAUUGCUGAAAGAGAAAGAGAAAGAGAGGGUACCCGAGUAUGGGAUGCAGUUCAUUUAAACAGGGGAGUAUCCAAUAACAACAUUAUCUCUCGCGGCAUUCGACUCAAUGGAGGUAAUUCACAAGGGAUUAAAACGUUGUGUGGACCUGGUCUUCGACUUCUUCACUUGGAGAAUGUGCCAAUUGCCGGUAUCACACUUCUUCCCCCAAGUUUGAUAUGGUUGAGGUUGAAAGAUUGUGAGAAGCCAUCUCUCUUCAGUUUUAUGAGUAACAUUUGGCGCUUUGCAAUACAACAGCCCUUUCACUUCAGACUUGUGGAUAAUAUUUGGGAUUUGAGGAUACUGCAAAUAGACGGGAAUAUUUCCAACUUACAAUAUUCUCUUUCUUAUAUUUUUGGCAACCUGUCACAGUUACAGCAUUUACAGUUGAGAUACUGCAGCAAAUUAAAUAAGCUCCCUCGUACCAUUGGCAACUUGUCAAAGCUGCAGAGUUUAUAUUUGGAAGGGUGUAGAAAAUUAAAGAAGCUCCCUCGAACCAUUGGCAGUCUAUCACAGCUGCAGCAUUUAGAUUUGGGAGGAUGUACAAAUUUAAAGAAGCUUCCUGAAACCACUGACAACCUAUCACAGCUGGAGCAUUUAAAUUUGUUUGGGUGUGAUAAUUUAAAUAACCUCCCUGAUACCAUUGGCAACCUAUCACAGCUGCAACAUUUAGAUUUGAGAGCCUGUACAAAUUUAAAUAACCUUCCUAAUACUAUUGGCAACCUAUCACAGUUGCAACAUUUGGACUUGGGAUGGUGUACAAAUUUAAAUAACCUCCCUGAUACCAUUGGCAACAUAUCACAGCUGCAGCAUUUAGACUUGGGAGGGUGUACAAAUUUAAAUAACCUCCCUGAUACCAUUGGCCACCUAUCACAGCUGCAACAUUUAUACUUGAGAGACUGUACAAAUUUAAAUAACCUCCCUGAUGCCAUUGGCAACCUAUCACUGCUGCACCAUUUAGACUUGCGAGGGUGUACAGAUUUAAAUAACCUCCCUGAUACCAUUAGCAACCUAUCACAACUGCAGCAUUUAGACUUGAGAGGGUGUACAAAUUUAAAUAACCUUCCUGACACCAUUGGCAACCUAUCACAGCUGCAGCAUUUAGACUUGGGAGGGUGUAAAAAUUUAAAUAACCUUCCUGAUACCAUUGGUCACCUAUCACAGCUGCAGUAUCUAAAUUUAAUCAGGUGUACAAAUUUAAAUAACCUCCCUGAUACCAUUGACCACCUAUCACAGCUGCAGUAUCUAAAUUUAAUCAGGUGUACAAAUUUAAAUAAGCUCCCGGUAGUGUCACAGCUGCACGGACAUCAACUGCAAAUAAUAGAGUGGCUGCAUGGACAUCAACUGCAAAUAAUAGAGUGAGUGAUGAAGACUUUUAUUGUUGGGUGGAAAAGAGAUUGAAGGUGAGAGAUGCGGUCAAGGUUGGAAGUUGGGAGAUUAAAGCUAACCCACUUUUAUCAUGAUCAAUGAAGCAGGCAUUAAGUGGCAUCAAUACUGUUCUAUGCUACACCGGGCCUUCUGUCUCCAUGGUUGCUGCAUAUAUGGGAGACAUCUUGACUCUAGUGCCAACAGAAUGUAUUGGUAAAGAUGAAACUUGCGUGGAGGAAAAUAGCAGGGAUUAUAUAGAAACUCUCUGAUGGUCUUUGGGACAAACCAUUCCAUGAGAUUGUCAGCGGUACUUCGGAAAUUUCAUGGUUAAGAGACUAGUCUUUGGUGAAGCAUCUAAUGACCUCUUUAAUAAAUUAACUUUCUUGCUGGUAUCUUAUGGCUUAUCUA